UUGUAGUUGUUGGUCGCAUCCGGUCCAUACGAAUGAUGACGCGGAAACAAAAAAAAAGCAAAGAAAAAGCGGAGUAGAGCUUAAAACUCAUUUUAACCUUUUAGAAUUUGAUGCAUUUCUAUAGGUAUAGGUAACAUAUUUCUAAACAAUGCGCUUAUAUAGCUAGCUAUAUUCAAAUGAUAGAUAUUAUAAAUAUUUGCAUUAUUAUUUGUAACAUAGACAUAAAACGUUAGAGCUAACCAGCUAGUUAGUUAGAUUGCUAGCUAGCUAGCUACAUUUUCUUUUUUAUUGAUGAGAAUGGCAACGACAGCCCUGUACGCGUGUACGAAGUGUAACCAACGAUAUCCUUUUGAAGAGCUUUCACAGGGACAACAGUUGUGCAAGGAGUGUCGGAUAGCUCACCCGAUUGUAAAAUGCACGUACUGUCGAUCGGAGUUCCAGCAAGAAAGCAAAACAAACACAAUUUGCAAAAAGUGUGCCCAGAAUGUCAAACAGUUUGGAACACCCAAACCUUGCCAGUACUGUAACAUAAUUGCUGCCUUCAUUGGGACUAAAUGUCAGCGCUGCACCAACUCAGAGAAAAAGUACGGCCCCCCACAGACAUGCGAGCAGUGCAAGCAGCAGUGUGCCUUCGACCGCAAGGAGGAGGGCCGAAGAAAGGUGGACGGAAAGCUUCUCUGCUGGCUGUGCACGCUAUCGUAUCGACGCGUCCUUCAGAAAACCAAGGAACAGAGGAAAGGCCUCAGCUCCUCCCAUUCCAACUCUUCAUCUCUGAACGAGAAGGAGCGUCACCCCAGACACCACCACCAUCAUCAUCACCACCACCACCAGCGGCACAGCAGCUCCCACCACAAAUUGAGCAGCCUCAGCCCUGAGCAGGACCAGGGAGUUUGGAAGCAGAGCCAUAAAUCCUCCUCAAUUCAGAACGAGACUCCAAAGAAGAAACCAAAACUUGAGACAAAGCCAUCAAAUGGAGACAGUAGUUCCAUCAAUCAGUCAAUGGACUCAGGAGGGACAGACAACUUCAUCCUCAUCAGCCAGUUGAAGGAGGAAGUGAUGUCACUGAAGAGGCUGCUGCAGCAGCGAGAUCAAACAAUACUGGAGAAAGAGCGGAAGCUCACAGAGCUCAAAGCUGAUUUUCAGUACCAGGAGUCCAAUAUGAGGGCCAAAAUGAACAACAUGGAGAAGGCACACAAAGAAGCCAUGGAGCUGCAGCAGGCGAAAAACCGGGAGCUGAUGAAGCAGGUGGCAGCUCUCUCGAAAGGAAAGAAGUUUGACAGGACAGGAAGCACACUGCUGCCCCCCUGAGGAUGCCAGUGGGGUCACCUCACAGUACGAGUGCAGAGGGUUCACUGUUCAACACUGUGAAAGCCUGAGUCCAUCUCUUUACAUCCCCCGCUCCCCUUUCACAUUCAUUUCAGAUUUCACCCAGUUUUCUCAUUCAGGAUCACAGGUUAUGCUUAACCUUGUUCCCCCCUCGAACACAACACGAACAGAACAGAACGCACUCGUUGGAGAGGGCCUAGGGCAUCGCCCGAAAACCAUGUAACACUAUGGCAAUAAAACCAAACUCGCCCACCGAGUAACUUGAAGUGCACCAAACAUCUUCUCAUGUUGAGUUGCCUUCAUUUCAAUAUGCAGUUACACGUUUUUGUAUUGGAUUAUUCAAUGAGUGCUAUCACUAAAUGUAAAAUAAUUUUCUAUACAACUGCCAACAGAAACAUUUAGGUGAUUGCAUUUAAACUGCCUAUAGAAUGUUCUUUGUUCGUUAAGCAAUCGACCUGCUCCUAGACUGUAAAUAUGGUGCAGGUCUGAACACUUUCCACAUGUAAGGAAGCUAUGGGUUUUCACAUCUGAAAUGCCAGGAACUGAUUGCCCUUUUCAGCCAUUUUUCAGUAUUUUAUAUUUGAAUUUUAUUUUUUAAUUUAUUCAGACUUUUUCAUGUGAUGCAAGACCUCAAAGAGGAUUGUUAACAUCCUGUUUAUAUUUUUAAAGUGGGUUUUACAGUAUAAUCAUGUAUAUGAAAUUCUCUUCUGACAAUAAUGCACUUGGUGUCAUGUAUGCAGCAUAGAGCCAAAAUGGCGGCUUUUCACUAGGGGUACAGGCGUGAAAUUUCCCUUGCUGUGGCUGGAGCUGUACAGUUAUGUCAGAGUGCAGCCUGUAUUGAUAAGCUGCCAUUCUCGGUCAAUCUUAAACAGGCGAAGCUCAUUUACUGUCCGACUAAACCAGAAGAAAAGUUACUGCCCAGGAUAUGAACAUCCUGGUCCGAGUCUGCUGUCACUGGUGCCACAAAGUCCUCAUUGUGUAACUGUUUUCUUCUGGUUUGCGCUCCAAAGUCGGGUCGCCUGUACCUUUAGCGGACCCAUACAGAUACUGGUAUUCCUGGUGCGGUAGUUUUGAGAGAGAAGGGGAUGGUGGAGAAACAAUCAGACCCUGUCUUUAAGUGUCAAACCACCAAGCUAAUUUAGCCGUGCUAUUCUGAGGAAAAUUAAAUCUUUUGUUAACUAUUAUUUUUGUAAUGUACUUUAUAACUUGAAUUCUCUGUGCUGGAGCUGGGCAGCGGCGUUUGCUGUGACACUGUUGUGGAAAGAAUUGUACUAUUGCAUGACUCACCACUGGGAGGGGCAAUGUACUCUCAUGUACUGUAUUGUACUUUUAGACAGAUUUCAUAAAAAAAAAAAAAAAAACAGUGUGAAGAUGUCACUUUUAAACAGUGAAGGCCUUUGUGUAUUUAAAACUUGUAACUUGUAUUGGUUUCUAGUAAGUAUAUGUAAGGCAAUUAAUAUAUGUAGAAUAUGCUUUUAAAGACUUGUCUAUUUCACUUUUUACAUCUUGGACAUUGCAGGAAAACUGUACCUGAACAGGUACAUGUUCACUUUUGUACUCUUUUUCAAACCCGAUGUUUCAGGAAUAUUAAAUCGUAAAACACC